UUCAAUCCAAUCCAAUCCAAGACAGGUUGCGCUUGUUUUUUUGCAUCGGUUUCCACGUGUUUUGCAUGCUACCAUUAUUAUUUUGCAAUUUAUCCCUUCUAGAAUGGAGCAGCUUUACCUGGUUAAUAGAUUCACGGCCGAGAAUGAAGCAUCUGCAGAUGAGGACAAGCUGAUAGACCCUGAUAAAAGACUAAAGAAGAUUCUGAAAAGAGCCAAGAAAAAACAAGAGCAGGCUCGUCUUUCACAUGACACCCAAGUAGUAGAACAGACUGACGAAGCACAGCCGAGCAUAGAGCCAUUGGGGCAAAAAAGGAAGCUGGGUGAUCUGGAUGAGCAGGAGCAACUGGAUCACGGCAGUCUUGAGGCACCUAAAAAGAAAGCCAAGCCUGUUUCGGCAAAGAACAAAACAAGAUCUGAAGAGGCACAAAAAAAAGAUGCUCUCGAGGGUAUUGCCAAGUCCAGCUCGACUACAAGAAAAAAGAAGCGUCGUAAGAAAAGCAAGCAACCCCGCAUGAGAGCUUUAGACGGACAACCGCACCAAGAAGGUACUCUUAAGGUGCAGGCAGGCACCAAGAAGACAAGGCCUGCUGUCUUGAGUCCAAGAAAGAAAAAGGAAAGUGAUCGAGAGCAGCUGAAAGGUGAAGAGGAGGAUCUGGUAGAGAGGGACAGCUCUCCUUCUGUUGGCGACAUGGACAGCGAUAAGGAGGAAGCUUCCAACGAAGUGGAAACCGAUGUUACCCCAACAGCUCCGGUCGAAUAUUUCCCAGUGCUGGGCGAGGUCGAAGUGAAGGCCACCGAAGUCGUCCACAGGGUUCUCCCCGAUUGGCUCUCGAACCCAGAAAAGAUAGAGUCGCGAGUUAAGAAAGGCAAAACGUCCAGUGCAAAGCUCAACAACUUCCAUGACAGCCUGAGCCCCGAGAUGCUGGCGGCGUUGGCGGCCAACAAGAUUCGCAGACUUUUCCCGGUCCAGGAGAAGGUGGUUCCCUGGUUGCUGUCGCCGGCGCAACGCCGCUGUUUCCUGCCUCCGCGAGACAUCUGUGUCUCGGCGCCGACGGGCAGCGGCAAGACGCUGGCGUACGUCAUCCCAAUCGUGGAGUCCCUGAAACCUCGCGUCGUGCGCGCCGUCCGAGCCGUGGUCGUGCUUCCCGUUAAGGAACUGGCCGCCCAGGUCCAGGCGGUCUUCCAGCAGUACCUCCGAGGCACGUCGCUGAGAUCCCAGCUGGUGACCGGCACGAAGCCCUUCUCAGAAGAGCAGUUGUCUCUCGUUCACAAGAACGCAAGAGGCUACUCAAGCCUGGUCGACAUUAUCGUCGCGACGCCGGGUCGUCUGCUCGACCACAUCCGGAAGACGCCAGGGUUCAGCCUGCGUCUGCUCAAGUUUUUCGUGUUGGACGAGGCCGACCGUGUCAUCGAGGACGUUCGGACGACACUCAUUCCGGAGGUGGAGCAGGCGGUGUUUGGCGCGGACAAGUGCAACUGCUGCUGCGGAAGAGCAUCGGGCAAUGGGCGCCUCUACACGCAGCCGUUGACUGUCUGCUCCCUUCAACGGUGCAGGGAGCCGGCGCAGAAGCUGCUCUAUUCGGCAACGCUGACGCAAGACCCCGAGAAGCUGCAAAGCCUGAUGCUGUUCCAGCCGAAGCUGUUCACGGCGGCCGGCAAGCGAGACCCGGCGGUGGAGAGAGCGGCCUUUGCUGGAAAAUACACGACACCGCAAGGGCUGAGCGAGUUCUACCGCGUCGUGCAGAACGCCAAGAAGCCGUUGGUGCUCUGGGACCUGGUCGCGAACCGAGGCUACACGGGCACGCUCUGCUUCACGGGGACGAAGGACGAUGCGCACAGGCUCUGCCUCGUCAUCAAGGAGAUGGGAGGCGUCCGCGUGGAGGAGUUCUCUUCCGACCUCAGCGCGACGGAGCGAGCAAGGGUGCUGCGCAAGUUUGCAUCCGGAGGCCUGGACCUCCUGGUGUGCUCCAACGUCCUCGCCAGAGGUUUGGACGUGGCCAACGUGCGCAGCGUUGUCUGCUACGACCCGCCCAAGUACGUCAAGACGUACGUGCACAGGGUCGGAAGGACGGCACGUGCGGGUGUGCCGGGGACGGCGGUGACGUUUCUGCGGCAAGGCCAGCUCGAAGCGUUCCAGACAAUGCUGAGCUCCGCGGGAAAGUCGCCAGUCGAGGCGCUGGAGGAGGGCGAGGCAGGCCUCGAGGUGUUCCACGAGAAGUACCGGGUGGCCCUCAAGGCCGUCGAGGCGGCGGUGGGACGGGAGAAGAAGGAGGUGCAGAUCGGGAAAAAGUUCAAGUAUGCGCGCAAGGCUCCGUUACCCGGGUCUGCUUUCGGGGAGAAGGCCGCUGCCAAACGUUUCACACAUUGACGGUCAUGCAUCCGUGGUUGGUUCUCCGUGGCAUUUUAUGACUAUGCUUGUUGGUGGAUUGAUUGCGUGUAAAACGCGCUGUAAAAAAAUACGCUCAAGAUGAAGGAAGACAUAAAAAACAGUCCUUCGUCUCGGUCUCUUGUACGCGCAACCUCAACCAGCUUGCCCGUCUUUUAUCUCUGUAAGAAAAAAUGUAUUGCUGUGUGAGAGUUCUGACUAGGGUUUGAACGUUUUCAUGGACAAAUAUCCUAAAAGCAAUGCAGUGAUGGAAGUGCUGCACCAUUUGCACCAAAUUGCGCCAUGAACAGAAAUCUGCUGAGUCUUGAGCUAAAAUGCCACUUUUGCUAAGAAUUGCACCACACCUGUGCCAAGAUGGGCUUAAACGAAGCAAACAAUAAAAAAAUUGCAUUA